ACUAUCUCUCUCUCUCUAUCUCCUCACCACAUUCUCUCUCUCUUUCCCUUUUCACAGCCAUUUGUUAUUAGAUUCUUCUCCCUCUCUCUAUUGGAUUGUAUCAUAGAGACUGAUUAGUUCAAGCAACCCCAAACCAGAAUUCUCCUCCUCUUCCGUUUGUUUCAAUUUUCUGGGCUGUUCUUGUUUUCCUCCGUCCUUUCUCAGAAGAAGAACGUUCUUCACUUUGUUCUGGCUUUUAUUAAAGAAAAGACUUUUCUGGGUUCUUUUCUUGGUGGUGAAGCUUGUCAAUACCCAGUUUUUGUUUUUGCUUUUUGUUGUAAAGCUCAAUCAUAAAGAAAAUCUUUAAUCGUUAAGAAACUUGUCAGAGUCUCUGCUUUCUUGUGCAAUUAUAUUUAAUAACUUUUGAAAGAAUAAGAAAAAGGAUGGGGAAGCAAGGGCCUUGCUGUCACUGUGGAGUUACAAGCACACCUCUAUGGAGAAACGGUCCACCAGAGAAGCCAGUUUUGUGCAAUGCUUGCGGUUCCAGAUGGAGAACGAAAGGAACACUUGUAAACUACACUCCUCUUCAUUCUCGUUCUGAAGGUGAUAAUGAGAUUGAAGAUCACAGAGUUCAAAAGACGAUGAUGAUCAACGGAAUGCCUGUGAACAAAAAGAUCCUCAAGAGGAAGUCAUCACACCAAGAAAACUUCAACAACGGUUUCAAGAAGAGGUCAUUAGAGGAAGAAGCUAGCAAUAGAUCAAGUUCUGGAUCCGUUGUAUCCAACUCAGAGAGCUGUGAUCAAUCCAACGCAUGGGAAACUAUUUUUCCUUGCAAGAAGAGGACAUGCGUCGUGGUGGGGCGUCCUAAGGCAGCUUCUUCCGUUGAGAAGCUCACGAAGGAUCUCUUUAGUAUCUUACAAGAACAACAACAAUCUUCUUGUCUCUCUGGUUGUUCAGAGGAAGACUUGCUUUUUGAGAAUGGAUCACCGAUGGUGAUUGGACAUGGGAGUGUUCUUAUGAGAGAUGAGGAGUCUGAAGCUAGCUCACUCUUGGUUGAGAGCAGCAAGUCUGUAUCAGUACGUUCUGUUGGAUUUGAGGUUAAUAGAGUCCAGAGAUCUCUAAACUUUGGUGGGAAUGAUAUAAAGCAGGAGCAACACAAGACCAAACCUCAAGUCUUGGGAAGACCUGGUUUACCACUUUGUAACAUAGAUUUGAAGGAUGUUUUCAACUUUGAUGAGUUCAUAGAGAAGUUUACAGAAGAAGAACAGUGCAAACUGAUGAAACUGCUUCCUGGAGCUGACUCUGUUGAUCUUCCUGAUAGCCUCAGAAGCAUGUUUGAGUGUUCUCAGUUCAAAGACAACUUCUCCUUGUUUCAGCAACUUGUGGCAUAUGGAGUUUUUGAGACAUUAUCAUCAUCUUCUUCCUCUAAGCCUGAAGAGUUUAAGAAACUUGCAAAGCUUGCUUUAUCAGAUCCUAACAAAUCACAUUUGUUGGAAAGUUAUUGCAUGCUCAAGGAACAGAGAAAAGGGAGUGAAGACUCUGUUACCACAAGUGAAAGACCUUCUGAAAGCUUAAACCAAAACUUCUCAGAGACAAGGGGUGUGAUGAAGAGCCCCAAAGAAGUGACGAAGAUGAGACCAAAACACAUUGGAACCGAAGAGAUUGUAGAGAACAGUGUCUAUUCCUUUAAUAACCAUAUGCGCUACGGUGGACCUAUGGUGUUUAGCUGUGAAGAUAAUGAUAUUUGUGAUGAGGAGGAUGUUCUUGUUGAUGUGCCGUCUAAUGGAUCAUUCCCUCAAGCAGAGCUUCUUCACAUGAUAUAAAAGAAAGAGAAAAGUUUCUCAGACUCUUUGCUGCUUGUUUCUCAAAAGAAAGACUUAAAAUACUUCAAGAUCUCUCUCUCUCACUAUCUCUAAUGAUUGAAGAGGAAACUUAAUUACUCUUUAGGCUUUUUUUGAGAAAAUGUGGCCAAAUGAGAUUAUUUUCUGCAUUAGAAAUUGCAAUCUGCAGAUAUUUAAAACAUAAGAACUUUUUAUGAAAUGGUUCUCUUUUGUGGUCUUGUUGAGACAUACACUGUUUUCUUGUUCUUACAAUACUCAGACGAACAAGAAAGUUUUCUUUUCUUUGUAAAAAUUAAUUUUAGUUUUCAUUUGGCAUCCUUGGAAGUUU